AUGGCGGCGUCGCCACCUUCGUAUCCUCCUCCUUCGCCUGCUCCCUCUAUUUCUCCUGCUUUAUCAGAGUCCACUUUCUCUCGUCUUCCUGUCAUGUCUAUGAGGAAGAAAAUCGUCGAUAAAAUUCAACAGAAUCGCGUCACUCUCAUCAUCGGCGAGACCGGUUGCGGGAAAAGUUCACAAAUUCCUCAGUUUCUUCUAGAAGAAAACAUGACACCCAUUUUGUGCACACUGCCUAGAAGAUUUGCUGUUGUUUCUGUUGCCAAAAUGGUUGCGAAAGCUCGUAAUUGUCAAUUGGGAGAACAAGUUGGGUAUCAUAUCGGACAUUCACGGCACUUCUCAGCUAGUUCAGAGAUUGUUUUUAAAACUGCUGGAGUGUUGUUGGAUGAAAUGCAAGAGAAGGGUUUGACCGCACUGAACUACAAGGUUAUUAUUCUUGACGAAGUACAUGAAAGAUCAGUGGAGUCUGAUCUUGUACUAGUGUGUGUAAAGCAGUUUUUGUUAAACAACAAUGACUUAAGGGUGGUUUUGAUGUCUGCUACUGCUGAUAUUUCAAGAUAUAGGGACUACUUUAGGGAUCUGGGUAGAGGCGAGCGAGUUGAAGUGCUUGCAAUUCCUAGCUCAAAUCAGAACAUGGUCUUUCAGCGAAGUGUUUCAUAUGUUGACCAGGUAGCUGAAUCUCUUGGGAUAAGUUCUGAAAUAAUGCAUUCAAAAUAUUCUUCUUGUCUUAAGCUUUCACAAUCCAAUGCUUACAUUAAGUCUGAAGUGCACAUGCUUAUUCAUGAGCUGGUGUUGCAUAUACAUAAGACUGAGACAGAUAUUGAGAAAAGCAUUUUGGUAUUCCUUCCAACCUACUAUUCACUGGAGCAGCAAUGGCGUCUUCUGAAGCCACUUGAAUCAACUUUUAGAGUUCAUAUCUUACAUGGUAGCAUUGAUACUGAACAAGCUCUCAUGACUAUGAAGAUUUGGAAAUCACAUAGAAAGGUAAUAUUGGCUACCAAUAUUGCUGAAUCUUCUGUGACAAUACCUAAAGUGGCUUACGUCAUUGAUUCAUGCCGAUCAUUACAAGUCUAUUGGGAUAAGUCCCGGAAAAAGGAAUGUGCAGCACUUGUUUGGGUUUCCAAGUCUCAGGCAAAUCAACGUAGUGGAAGAACUGGUCGAACUUGUGAUGGCCAUGUUUAUAGAUUGGUUCCUAGAUCGUUUUACAAUGAUCUUGAGGAUCAUGAGAGUCCAGUUAUUCUUAAAUUAUCAUUAAAGCUGCAAAUUCUUUCUUUAUGUUGUGCUGGAUCCAAGGCCAUCAAUGAUCCCAAAGUUCUGUUGCAAAAAGCUCUGGAUCCACCUGAUCCUCAAAUUGUUGAAGAUGCAUUGGAUUUACUUGUUCAGAUGCGCGCACUAGUUAAGACACCUCCUAGGGGCCGAUAUGAACCUACAUUUUAUGGUCGAUUACUUGCUAGCUUUUCUUUAUCUUUCGAUGCAUCUGUUCUAGUCCUCAAGUUUGGAGACAUUGGUAUGAUACGUGAGGGCAUUUUGCUGGGCAUAUUGAUGGAUACACAACCUUUACCCAUUAUUCACCCGUUUGGAGAGGAUGAAUUGUUUGCAAAAUACAUCGAUUGCUAUUAUGGUGACCGGACAGUCUUAGCUGGUCGAAAGGAGAUGGAAUUCAUGGCUAACUUUUGUGCAUUUCAGUUUUGGCAGCACAUUUUCAAGGAUAAGUACCGGCUUGAACAUUUAAAGGAUGUUGUGAAGUCUGAUGAUGUAUAUCCCGACACACAGCUGAUGCCUAAGCUUGAGGAAGAUUGGUGUUCUUUCCAUAAUCUCUACCAAUCAUCUCUGCAUCAGGUGUCAGAAAUUUAUAAUGAUAUACUAAAUACAAUUCAUCGGUUCCGGCCAAAAUUUCUGAGCUCCUUUCGUGGCCCAAUACCUGAUUAUGACCCUUAUGAAUUCAGACAUGUAUGCCUGUUCCAAAAUCAGUCAGAUGGACAUUCAGAUGUAGUUUCUGUAGAUGAGGAGAGCUUUGAACCAUCAAGUGAAACAGCGAAAUGUGUUGCUGUACCAUAUGUUACUUUGAAUCACUUGAACAGUUAUGAAGUGGCAAAAAUGUUUGCUUUAAUUGUAAAAGAGACAAGAGCUCAGUACCAAGAUGAUUCUUUUCACCAUCAACCAGAAGAUGCCAACAACGGUAAUUUCCACGUCAACGGGGAUGUUUCUCCUUGUGUUUACUUCAUUCGUGGAUCCUGCAGCAGAGGCAGUUCAUGUUCAUUUUUACACACAUUUCAGGCUAAGCGACCACAGUGCAAGUUCUUCUUUUCCUUGCAGGGUUGCCGAAAUGGAGAAUCUUGUGUAUUUUCACAUGAUAUGGACCGACCAGCAGUAUUGGCCCGUCAAAACAUCUGUCUGCCAGAAGAUAAUACCAUGAGAGUCAGAGUUUUAUGGGGUCUAAAUCAUCCGUACCAAACAGUCAUAGCCAAAGCAGGGAAGACUCUUAUUCCUUGGAAUGAAGUUCAAUGUGUACUGUGGUUUCCUUGCUUCGAUAGCUAUGGUGAGGAUUUGGAUGGGAAAAAGAAGGUCUUGCAGAACUUCUUUGAAUAUCUAGCCAUUCGAAUUUUGGCUGAUGAAUUGAAGGAGAUGAAAGUUAUCAUAACCAUGAAUAAUAUCAGGUUUUCCCAACUUCAGGUAGAGAAGUUGGGAAGAGACUGUUUCUUUAUCCUUAAAGAGUCAUUUGCUUUUGAUGAAAUUAGCUUCGGGAUAUUACAUGACUGUGUUAACAAUCGGCGGCCAAUGGUGACGUCAAGGUCAAUCUCAUAUGUUUUUAGCCUGCAGCCUCCGACUGAUAAUCUUUUCAGUGACUAUGCUGCUACUUUGGAAAAACUUCUCCAUAAAAUUCAAAUAAAAUAA